GUUUAACCACCAUCCGAAUAAUAGGAUGCGCAUAACCAGAGAUAACUUGCUUCACGCUGCCAAAUCCUUAUGCAUCGAUUUCGCAUCCAAGAAAGAUCCAGACACCUUAAUGAUGCAUUUUUCUACGACACACCAGUGCGCAGCAUAUGAACAUGGUUUACCUAUUAUUGCUCCAUUUCUGGGCCGUCACUUCAUCGGACGUGACGGAGUACGAGAUUACUUCAAAACCAUCGCCUCGACUUUGAGUUUUGAGAGAAUGGAGUUUUCAGAAUAUAUCAUCGAUCUAGAAGCCCAGAAAGUAUCGGUGAAGGGCCGAGCAAGAUUCACUUGGUUGAGCUCAGAGCAAAGCUGGGACGAGAUAUUUAUAUAUGUGCUGGACUUUGACGAUGAUUGCAAGGUCACAGAUUAUCAAGUUUGGGCAGAUACGGGUGCUGCAUACCUUGCCAGCAAAGGUCAGCUGAGCACGAGUUAGGAUUGCCAGCUACUUGAACUUCAUUGUGCAACUGGCCGUUUGGCAUAACCUAGCUACAACCUUUUCGCCUUGUCUCACGGUUCAAACGUUCACCUAUUACUUUAUCAGAAUCGAGAUACAGUUCAAAUUAUCACCUUGUACUAUGCGGUCCCAAGUCUUAUCGUGCCCUUCUAAGCUCUCAGGCCUGUUCUUUGUUUCCGUUUUCGCAUUCCUAUAAUCUUUUUUGUUGCAGAACUACCAAGAAACCUUUUUAAAGGGCGGAAUCACACGCGACGAUCCUUCGACGCAUGCUUGCUUUGUCGUAUUUUCCAACCAUCCUGCUAUAUGUAUGCAGGGGAUCUCUCGGCAGAGCGUCAAACCUGUGCUCCCAAUUUAUGUCGACAGUAAACCACAAAUCUGAAGUUAUAUCGUUUUUAC